AUGGCGGCAGCAGCGGAGAGUUCCUUAGCGGCAAGCAGCGGAAGGAAAUCACAGACGGUGGAAGCUUGGGGAACGGACGGGCUGUCGGAAGGCAGAAGCCGGAGGCCCAGGAGGAGGACGCGAUGGAACGGAUGCUGCCCGAGACUCACAUCCUCGUUCUUGCUUGAUGCACGCCACCGAAUCAUCCGGGAUCAGAUCUUCUGGACCACUUAUCCCUGGUCUCUCCCUGGACCACAUAUGUUAUAUACGAUCCCUCUCACGUUAUACGAUCCCUCUCACGUGCAAAACGCUUGCACGCGCCCACGCACAGAAGCCCUAGCGUCACCUCCUCUCCCCCAACCUCCAGCGUCGCCUGCGGCCUCCCUCCAUGUCGUCUCCCUCUCGCGACCUCUAAGGCCUCCCUCCAACGUCAUCUCCCUCCAGCGACCUCCCGCCGGCAUCGCCUCCAUCCCGUGGCCUCCAGCGUCCGCCCCCGACCUCCUUCCCACGACCUCCCGCGGCCCCCUCCCGCGGCCCCCUCCUGCGACCUCCCUCCAGCGACCUCCGCGGCCUCCCUCCUCCCGCGAUCUCCAGCGGCCCCCUCCCGCGCCCUCCGCGGCCUCCCUCCUCCCGCGAUCUCCAGCAGCCACCUCCCGCGACCUCCCUCUCGCGACCUCUAGCAACCUCCAGCAACCUCCAGCGGCCUCCCUCCCUGGCACCGUGUGGAAGAAAGCGAGAACCUUUUAG